CUAUUUGCUUUGCUGGCCAACAAACAACUUGUUCAGUUCCCAGCUACGCACAGGCAAACGAACAUGAUUAAUUAAUUAUUCAACAAAACGUUUCGAAAAUAAAGUGAAAGCUUUAACUCGUUUUAAGCCAAUUCAUUCAUCAGGUUUUCAAUUACAACUUCUAAUUUACAAGGUGAAAUGAGUACCAGACCAGAAAAGUCGGAGGUCAGGAAACCAAAAUGGGAUUGGACCGGAAGUCAUGGGGAUCGACUAGGAAAUCUGCUCGAGAAAGGUUUUCAAAGUGAUUUUAUUCUGGAUUUUCGCCCACAAGAGCGAAAGAUUCCGGUCCACCGAAUAUUUCUUCAGGCCGGCUCUCCCGUGCUGAAUGGAAGGUUCAAGGCGACGAUGGAGGAAUUAAUUAUUGAAAAUGUGGAUACUCGUGUGUUCAAAAUGCUUCUCAAGUAUUUGUACACUGGCAAGUCGGGCGUACGAAUGGGCGACGCAUUGCCGCUAUUGCAGCUUGCGACCCAAUAUGAAGUCAACGGUUUAAGGGACGAGUGCGCAGCUGUCUUGAAGGGGGACUUGACCGUGGAAAAUGUACUUUCUUUGUUUCAAAGCGGAAUGGAAUAUGCUCACGGGGAUUUUAUUCAGUCCACGCUCAAAUUCAUUUGCAAGAACGCCAGAAAGAUUUUGGAGUUCGACCUCUUUGCCAACCUGCGGCUGGAAUGUUUGAUCGAAAUUAUUCAGCAGGAUUCACUCCAGGUCAGGAAUGAGAUGGAGGUCUUUGAGGCCGUGAAUCGGUGGGGCCUAGCCGAGUGCACGCGCCAAUCUCUGGAUCCAUCAAAUACUGAAAAUCUUCGGAGAUGUCUCGCUAAACCGUUGAAUUAUGUCCGUUUUCCAUUAAUGAAUCCUAAAGAGUUUGCGCUGAAAGUCACGCCAAAGAAACUUCUCAACAUGGAGGAGUCAAUGGAACUGCUGACAUCUUUUCUUGUCCCGCUGAAUGAAAGAAAUAUGCUCCCAGCUGGAAGAUUUGUUUCAAAUCCGCGCAAAUACGGACAUGAGGACAUCGUUCUCACACGGGGAUUUUCCGGGGGGACAAGAGUGAUUCAAAGCCUAAGUACUGGAGGUGCGAAUGGAGGUGAAACAAUUAUAAUUCGCGUAAACGAAGAUGUCGAAAUGAACUCAAUUUCAGUCCCAAAAGAAGUUUUUGAUUUAUAUUCUGCUUCUGGAUACGUUCAUUACUAUGAUUUGAUUAAGUGCACUGUCGCAUUCGCUAAUGAAGUCAGGAGAAUGGACACCAUUGUCUGCAAAUUCGAUACUUACGAGAGUGGCAAUGCCUACUUGCGCCUUUCCGUUAAUCCGCCUUGCAGGCUUAACGUCUUGGACGGUUGGAUCGAGGUGACGAUUGGCUUUACCGGUCAACUUGGAUUUCAUCAAGCUGGAUGCACCGUCGCCAACAGGCAAAACCAGAAAUUGUCACAACAACUAUUUUCUGCCAACGGAUACAACAGGGUGAUUACAAAUUAUGCAGGAUUGCCCAAUGAUCCAAAUAUGGAGGGAAGUAGUGCUGAAGGCGUUAUUGAUAUUAAACGAGUGGAUGGCGACGGGCUUUCAGUUAAUUAUGGGUUGAUUGAGAAGCUGGAGUUUAAAGUAAUUUAAGGUGUGAAGUGUUUUUCCACUUUUUUUGGUAAUGUUUGCUUCUUCAUAGUUUCCAAUAAUACUUUAAGUUUGAGUACAUAUGUACGUCGAUACAUUUAAAUAAUUUAAUUUCCAUGUUCAAUUUUUUAUGAAUUUUCUGGUUGACUAAUAAAUGAAUACAGUGAGUAAUAUCUA